CCCAAGAAAGAGAGAGAGAGAGAGAGAGAGAGAGAGAGAGAGAGACACACACACACACACACACACACACACACACACACAGAAAGAAAGAAAGAAACAGCGGCGACCCCUGGACACGGGUGAUAGAGGGUGCCCCAACUCCAAAAAAAAUUCACAAAAGGGACACAGGCGGGCGCUCUCGCGAUCAAGGCCUACGCCUGAUCUCUGCCUUGGGCCUAUGCGCGCAGCCCGGUGUCGAUUUAAAAACACCCCCCCCGGUGGACCGAGUAUGCAAAAGGGUAGCACAAGGGUUAAUAAUACCCUAACCCAACUAAAUACGGCCUUUAUUAAAUUAAUACAUUAAGCGAACUACACAAAGAUCUCUUUUCAGGAGUAACGACCUUGUGCUGCUACAUCGUUGCUGCUAGUUAGCAGCUCACCUAGUAAUGACAGUUGAGCUGCCGUGCCAGUGUUUCAUCCUGAAUAUGUUUUAUACAUUCAUGCAUUAGGCCUGUGUGGGACCAGUAACAUUUUCCCCCCUGAAAAAUAAUGUUACCUAUAUAAUGGCACACCUAGGCCUACACUAUCUGUUGCAAAUAAGCUGUUACAAGUGACAGUUUACAAAAUAAACUACGGGCCCAUAGACUACUCGCAAGUUGAGAAAAUAAUUGUCCAGUUUUCGUGUGUGGAUGGACUGAGGAAUAGUUUACCCAAAAUGCAUAAUCAUGUAGUUCUCUCACCCUAUACUCCAUGGUCCUGUAUUGAUGCAAUAUCUGCAUCAGAAAUUAACUGACAAUGUGCAAAUAUUACUCACUUGGUGUGAACUAAAAAUGAAAGAGUCGUCUUACUGUUUGAAACAACGAGUUUAUCCUUGGGUAAAAAACGUGCGUAAAUUAACUUGACUUUGUGACUUUUGGUCAUGGUGUCUCCACCAUGGAUGUAUUAUGAAAUGUUUUUGUUUAUUUAUCAAUCAUUCAUUAUUGACAGACUGAUUGAGUGAAGGAAGGAAUUAAUGAAUGCAUGAAUAAGGGAAAAUCACGCUAAAAGGGAGACCGCUUUUAUUUUGAAAUCAGUUCUUAACACGCUCUUACCAUAAUGCCAGUAUAAAAUAACCCGGAAAUAUCGAAGUGUCAGCACUGAUGUUGUCAGCAGUGAAGAGAUUUUAGGUUUUUUGAAUCCAUCUUUAUUUAUACUAUUAACAAGAAUACAAGAAAAACAAUCAGUAUGGAGAGUAUUGGAACAACAUUAACAACGCACACACACACACACAUAUAUAUAGAUAAAGAAAAACAUUAGGACCAUCAACAAUACAGUGUUCUACUGAGUGCCAUUCUAGGUUGGUUUAUUGUGUUUAGUAUCAGCAGGUUUACGCAAAAACUACUGAACAGAUUUCUACGGAACUCGGUGAAAGAAUGGGACAUGGGGUAAGAAAGAACCCAUUACAAUGUGGUGCAAUCUGGACAAAGGGGUGUGUCUAGGAAUUGUUCAUCACUUUCUUUAACAUUGUGAGAUAGGGUACGUUUUGACUUUUCCAAAGUUGUACUAAUGGGAAUAAUGCAUGGAUCCUGAUGAGGCAUAUUUAGGAGAGUGAUAUCUAUGAAUGUGUGCAAUGUCAUGCAGAGUCCCUGCUGCAUGAAAUUGCACACCUUGGCAGAGGUGUAAGUUCUACUAAGUACAAUGCUAUUUAUCAUUUGUUCUGCAGGGUGUGAAACUUUGUGGCCCUGACCAUUUGCCCAAUAAUUAGCCAAGAACUGUUUCCCUGUUAAAUAAAGAGGCUUUUGAGGUGUGAACUUGUCUAACCUCUUUAUAGAUGUAUACAGUAACUUAAUUUAUAUAACAUUUUAUUAUAUAUAAUAUAAUUACAUACAUAGUCAGGAGCUGUCAUUUUACUCUCAUGUAGAGCCAUUCAGAACUCCUGAAUGGAAAAAUGAACUUCAAAAGUACUAUAGUUGUCUCUUCUCACCUACAUUAGGGUGUUUCUCGAACACUUUUUGCCUACUGAUCUUACCUUCCUCUGUUAAAUUGAUGAAGUAGCCUUUCUCCCAUUCCAUAUUGUCAAAAGCAAAUUCCGCUCAUCUUUUAAUCAUACUCCCCUCACUAUUUAAUGGUGCUGAACAGAAUAUUUUAGCAAGAAAACUCUUCUCCAUUACUAACAUGUACUUUACUCAAUUAGAAUUAUGAAUGAAGGGCUUCUACGUGUUUUGAGUCUAUGUACACAUGUUAAAAUACUCCACAGGGGGGUGGUGGUGGUGGUGUGAAAUUGUCUACAAGGCCAAAAAGGCUCGGACUGGCCCUGAUGUUGUGAUUUGUUCUUCUGACAGUCAGGCAUGGGAUUACAUGCCGCUUGUAAACAGUGUAAUCCCGGCUAAUCUGGGAUUCUGUUUCCCUCUGCACUGUGGGCACAAUCUCAGACUGGACUGGAGAGUACUGGGAAUAUGGAGAAACAAAUGGCCUGCCGGAGAACUGGGUUUGUCUAGUGAAGGAUGUAUCUGCUGCUCAUAGCUCACAUCCUGCAGUCGUCUGUGUUGGCAGUCCGCUCCUGUCCGACUUUGUGUGCCUGCACGUAUGGGAGCAGUGGAACAGCAGAGCUCAGGUUGGUGCAGUGCAGUGACCCUGGAAUCUUAGUUGUCCCCAUUAAUGUCCCAGCUGACACAGUUAAACUGCGUCUAGAGAAGACCUUGAUCACCAGGGUGCCCCGGGCAGCCUUCUACAACCUGUCAGAGCUGCAGUUUUUGUGGCUGGGUUACAAUUCCAUCACGUCCGUCCACCCCAGCAGCUUUGUCAACCUCAAGGCCCUGCGAGAGCUGCGUCUGGAUGGGAACCUCCUGACAUCCUUCCCCUGGGAGGGGCUCAGGGACAUGCCACAGCUCCAAACUCUGGGUCUCCACAACAACCGCCUGUCCAGCCUGCCAGCGCACGCUGCACUCUUCCUCCCCAACAUCACCUACCUCGACCUGUCCAGCAACAGGCUGACAAUUUUGCCUGCACAGCUGCUGGACCUUUGGUUUCCCCUCCAAGGAGGACAACAGGAGAGACGAUUAAAGAGGAGGAUUUUGGGUCUCCAUGACAACCCUUGGUUGUGUGACUGCCAGAUCUCCAUGGCGAUGUCCUUGUCCAUGUCCCUGGGGAGCCCGGUAGUUCUCAUGGACCAGUUGCUGAUGUGCAGCAGGUCUCUGGAUCAGUCAGCAAUGCUCCUGACCCAGGCUGAGCUCUCCCGCUGUAUGAGGCCCUCGGUCCAGCCUGCGGCCACCAGAGUCAUUUCUCCACUUGGCAGUAACGUAAUCCUCCGCUGUGACGCCAGUGGUUACCCAACACCAACCCUGACCUGGAUCAAAACCUCAUCUUAUGCUGAUUGUUGCCAGCAACUCAUCCUCGAAAACUCUGAACAGCUACCCAAGAACCUGGAGAGCUUUAUGCAGGAAUCUCCUCGAGUGGGGGUUCGCUGGUCAAUAAUCACCCUGAAUGGGCUGUCAUACAAGGAUGCUGGUGAAUAUCGUUGCCAGGCCCGGAACAUGGCAGGAAUAUCUGAAGCCCAGAUUAAACUGAAGGUGGUGGGCGUCACAAAACUCCUGCAUCUUCCAAAGAAGAAGUCCCUAAAGACUCCACCGAAAUCAUCAUUAAAAUACGGGAAGCCAAACCGGAAUCCAGCCACUAUCAACAACUCCUCGGUGAAAGAAAAUCAGAUCCUCCAAAACAUCAAACCACCUUCCAAUAAUAAGACUCAGACUGUCCCUAAUCUUGUGCCCAAAGUGUUCCCUGUAGACAAGUACAAUAAAAUAACUAAAAUGAUUAAUGCAAAGAAAAAGAGCCAGACAUCCAUCAAGUCUACACCCCCAGUAAACUCUACAACUGCUCUUUUGUCAACAACAUCUCUAAAAUAUGAUGAAGAUGGCCAGGGUCAGUGACUUGGUUGACUUCAACAUGGGGAUGCGAUUAAAACAUCAUUGUUUGUGAACCUCUAGUUUUAGUGAACUGUGCUGUUUUUUGGUCACUCUGCUCUGUAGAAUAAUACACAGUUUGUUGAUAAGCUAUACUGUCAGUUACCUUGUUUAUUAAAACUAAAAUGUGUGACAUGUAGAAAUUGGAUGUAGUGUCAGUGAUGUACCUAUAUAUUCAGUAAAGUUGUUUGGGUUUACAGCAGAUGUUAGGAAUGAGAAACACCAGAGGCCCCAUGAUAUAAUAAUAUCACAAUACUUUAUACUUAUACUUACUACUAAGUUACGAAACAAUAUUAUUGCGAUUUUUCAAUAUGUUGAGUAAUGCGAUAUCAUAUAUUGCGAUAUAAUGCAAUGUUGCAGGUCUUUGCACAUGAAGAAGGUUACUGACUGUGUUAUCUUCUUUGUUCCCAUUUUAGUAUGAAAAUGGAGUGUCUAGAGUACUAGAUCUACCUCGUCGUUGGAUUAAGAAAAUAAACCCAUCUUCUUACUUUUCAUCAUUGUUGUUUCUCAUUCGUAUUAUUUUCUCUAAGUACGCAGCUCUGCAGUAGGCGAUUGCAGAGUAGUCAAUC